CAUUUGGGUCCGGUCCGAGUCCGACUCUUUCAAUAACAGGGGGAAGCGGGAGGCAGCAGGGGGAAGCGGGAGGCAGCAGGGAGCAGGCAGGCAGGCACGCAGCCAUCGCCUCCCGGGAACCCAAUGGCCAUGGCCCAGUCGUUCUCCGCUCGCCGCCCGCCCCCCUCCCCGGCGCUCGCCUCCCCCUCCUCCCCGGCCUCCUCCUGGUCUCCCCCGAGGCGCGGGCCGCGGCGCCGCCGGGCCCUCACGGCCGCGUCCUCCCUCCAUUUCCGGCCGGAGGACGUCGCCGAGCUCGCGCACAACAAGGUCUUGAUUGCGGCGACGGUGGCGGGCGUGAUCGGGCAGCUGGCCAAGCCCUUCACCUCCGGCAGGGACAGGGGCAAAAUCGACAUCGUCAAGGCCGCCGCCCAGUCAGGGGGCAUGCCCUCCACCCACUCAGCGGCAGUUGUGGCAGUGACUACCUCGCUUGCGCUAGAAAGGGGGUUUGGUGACUCCAUAUUCGGGAUGUCGGUGAUAUUUGCCUCGCUUGUAAUGUAUGAUGCUCAGGGAGUCAGAAGAGAGGUGGGCAAGCACGCAAGGCUUUUGAACAAGCUAUGGGCCCUGCGGGAGCAGACGACGACUCAAGUUCAGGAGGACGGUGGUGGCCAGGUGAAUUCCACCUCCGAACUCCUCCCCGCAAACCGCGAGCUCGUCUCCGUUCCUCGGGACGCAUCUACGUCGCAGCGUUCAAACGGCAUCCCCUCCUCGACGCGCAACGACGCGACAAAACCGCCUAGAUGGAGCUCCCUCCAAAGCUCAGUGCCAGAGCUAACCGAGUUGACAGAGGAGCAUGGCCGGCUGAGCGAGUCCGUCGGCCACACGGAGGCGCAGGUCACAGCCGGCGCCUUGCUAGGCUUUGUUGUAAGCUUAGCCGUCCACGCGAUACUGUAACAACCACCACUUCCAUUAUUCUUUUACAACAUUGAUUGAUUACGUGUAUGGUACAUAUACUAGAUUUUUACGUGAAGAAACAACACAAGUGGCUGAU